AUGGCUUCUACAAGUCUUAUAUUCGAUCCUCCAGAGUUCCCCCAAAACUUUCCGUACAAAGCACAGUCUUACGUCGUUGCCGGUACGGCGAAGGAGGGUCAAACUCCACACUUGAGGAAUCCGGUGUGGUCCGAACUCCCCGCGCCAGGAAGGACGGAUUUCAAGCCGACCACGACGCACGAAAUCUUUGAGGCUGGUCUCCAGCGUUCUGCAACACGUAUGUGCCUCGGCAUUCGCCCUCGUCUCGCGCCGGACGCGAAGGCAAACACGCCGGCAUCGAACGAAGUCAAGUAUGCAGACCACUACGUAUGGGAGACGUAUGAGCAGGUCAACAAGCGCAAGCUCGACUUGGGUAGUGCCAUUGAAGGACUUUUCCGUUCAGGAAAAGCUGGCGGAGGCGAAUUGCCUACUGUCGGCAUUUGGUCUAUCAACCGACCCGAAUGGCAAAUCAUUGAUCAAGCUCUCGCCGUGUAUUCGCGCGUUACGGUUUCCCUCUAUGAUACUCUUGGUCCUACUGUCGUCGAAUACGUGCUCAAUCAUUCCGAAGCCUCGAUGGCCUUCGUGACGCAGGAAAACCUGCCUCGGCUGAUCGCACUUGGGCCCCGCUGCCCAAAAUUGCGGGUCAUCGUCUCCAUUGAUGAUCUCAGCGAAGGUGCGACAAGGGUCGCACAGGCCUGGGCGAAGGAGUACAGGCUCGAGCUUUACACAAUGAAGCAAUUGGAGGUAAUGGGUGCUCAGACGAGAUAUCCAGUUAAUCCUCCCAAGCCACAUGACUUAGCUACCAUUUGCUAUACGUCAGGGACCACGAGCGUUCCCAAAGGCGUAUUGCUGACACACUAUAACCUGACCUCAGGAGUAUACGCCUUUUCCCUAGGUUUGCCCUGGCAUGAAGGAGCAAUGCUCAGUUAUCUGCCGUUGAGUCACAUUUAUGAGCGCAUCAACGAGCUUUCUACAUUCCUCCUCGGUGCCGGAAUCGGUUUCUUCACCGGAGAUCCACUGAGACUCAUUGAGGAUGCGCAAGUGCUCAAACCUCGCUUCUUCCCCUGCGUACCACGAGUAGUGAAUCGCCUAGCUCUGGGUAUCCAGCAAGCAGCCGCAGCUCCAGGUAUCCGCGGUGCAUUGGUUCGCAAAGCUUUGGAAGUCAAGAAGCGAAACUAUGAAACUACGAGCGCGACCACGCACAAGUUCUGGGACGCAUUGGUUUUCCGCAAGGUUCAAGCCAUUCUAGGGGGUCAAGUCUUGAUUAUGACCUGCGGUUCGGCUCCGGUGGAUCCGGAGACGUUGACACUUCUACGCAUUUCCAUGGGAUGCGAUGUCAUUGAAGGAUGGGGGAUGACGGAAAACUGCGCCGCUGGAACGAGGAUUCACCCAAAGGACACCACGGCCGGUGGAACGGUUGGAUUCCCACAUCCGUGCAAUGAGGUCAAGCUCGUAGAUGUGCCCAGCAUGAAUUACACUUCCAAGGAUGUUCCUAAUCCUAGGGGAGAACUUUGUGCUCGAGGUCCAUGCGUAUUCAAGGGUUACUACAAAGACCCAAAGAAUACUGCGGAAGCCCUUGACUCGGAAGGAUGGCUGCACAGCGGAGAUAUCGCAGAACUCGAUUCACAAGGACGCCUCAAAAUCAUUGACCGUAUCAAGAAUAUUAUGAAGCUCUCUCAAGGAGAAUAUGUUGCACUCGAGAAGAUUGAGCAGACAUACUCAUCCCAUCCACUCAUUGCUCAACUCUACGUCCACGGUGAUUCCUUGCAGUCUUAUCUGCUGGGAGUGUUGGUGCCAGAGCUACCGACGCUUGCAGACCUCAUCUCAAAGACACUCCGCGUCCACGUCGCUGCGGAUGAUGUCCAAAAGCUCCAAGAGUAUUUGGCGAAUCCAAAGGUACAAUCAACUAUCCAAAAUGCGCUCAAUGCACAAGCGAAGCACCACAAGCUGAAAGGAUUUGAGUGCGUCAAGAAAGUGCACGUCACUCUUGAACCGUUUACUGUGGAGAACGACAUGCUGACACCGACGUUCAAGCUCCUCAGUUUCCUCGACCUUCCAGACCUCGACUGCCUGGCUACGGUUUCAACGCAUCUCUCUCGACUCUGCAUAGACCCAAUCUUGCAUAGAAACAGAUUGAGAAUUGUUGCACCUUCUCGUGUAGAACAUUCACUGUUCGCGCAAGGCUUACAUGGGACACCCCUGAGACCAAACGUUCCGGAACUGGUGCGCAUGAAUGUAUUGCGAGGCCUAGGUCUCGAAAGACGGUGGAGAUUGGGUGAAUACAUAUACUCUGUGCAGUCUGUCAAGCAGUUCGAAUCGUCACUUCGUUUGGAACAUGCUCGGAUCAUCCGCGUCCUUUCAGAGCACCUCACAAAGCGCAUCAAGGAGCCGACAAGCCGUGCAGCUCAGCGCAUCGUUUUCCCAUUAGAGCAAGCCGUCUCCCCACUGGUAUCACGCCGACUGCUUCCAACAAUUACCAGUCUAAAAUGGUCCAUGAAGCGAGACCGUCUCGCACGCCGCGUCCGAGUCGGGCCACCGGCGCGCGGGAUGAUCAACGACGCGGACCAUGUCAAAGCAUGGCUCGUUGAUGGCAGAGGCCGUGCGCUCGUACAAGAAGACGAACGUAUAAGACUCGCCAUUUGUCCUGGUGUGAAUAAGAUGGUCCGCUUGUUUGAGGGUCUGGGCAUGAACAAGUAA